AUGGACAAUAACCAGAUUAUGAUUCUAGGAAACAUAUAUCAGACAUGGCUCAAGGACGCAUCUAGCCUUGUCUCAAAAAGGCGUAAAGUUAACAGCAAUUUUGAUUUUAUUCGAUCAACCAAGAUAAGCGAUCUCAUGGACAUGCCCCUGGUUGCUCUAAUGUCUUACUUGGACAAGUCAUCCUCAGAAUUAUAUUAUCCUAAGCUACUUGUGCAGCUCUGGAAGGAAUGCAGUGCAGUCAACUAUGCAAAAGCUUCAUCUUCAGCAGGGCAGCCAUCAUCAUCACAAGAAAAACAGCCUAGAAACUCGACACCUCAUGAAUUUCCACCUCAGACUGAAGGAGAAUAUGAGAUGGAAACAGGACCUCACCUAAUGGACUUCACAGAUGGCAUUGAAAAACUCAGAGGAAACGUGAGUGCGGAGUAUGACAGAGCUUACAAUACCCUGCAUAGUGACCAUAGUGUUACUCAGGGAACUCCUGGUGAGUUGAGAAAUGAAUAAGUUUAAGUUGUGCGU